AUGGCUGACAUCGACAUUUGCAGCCGCAGCUCACGCUCGGGGGAUUCUCCAGAGUGUGAGCUGGACACGGAGCAAAGCACCGUGGACCCUACCUUGAGGAACUUGAAGCAGCGUCGUGGCUGUUGCGACAUCUCUCCACUGAAUGCCGCCUGCUGCUGCCACUGCUUCUACGUUUGCCAGUUCCUAAUCUUUAUGGUCGUGUUCCCUCUCUGGACGAAAUGGCUGGUGUCCAAUCCAAUGCCCACGCAAUACUGGCACGAGGCCUAUCCGAGUUGGCCCGCCAUCGCAGCACUUGGAGGUCAAGAUCUUGCGGCCGAGGGCGGCAUGAGCAUCGACAUGUCCCCGCUGCCCACGGAGACCCUGACAGCUGCAACUACUCGUGCUCCUCCUGGCGCGGAUACCGCACCAACGAGAUGA